UGGAUCGAACUCUUAUAACGGGCACUGCAACCCAGCUGAGCUUCCCUCUCUCUCUCAGGCUGAUCACCAGGAGGGAUAAAAAUCCUUCCUUUUUUAACUCUCUCUUUCCUCGCUCUCCGGUCUUGGAAACCCUGGGCUCGAGCUGUGACACUUCGAAGAUCACAUUCGAGGAGUCCGUAGCUGGAUUGAGGAAAUGUCGUACCCGCUGGAGCAGCAGCAACAGCAGCAACCGCCGCCUUCGCCAGUGUACGAGGUGGUGUCGAGGUCGAGCGGCGGGGGGUCGUACGGGCCGGUGAUCGGCGUUAUUGCCGUCAUCGCCGUGCUCGGCGUCAUUGCCGGGAUCGUGGGGCGGCUCUGCUCCGGGCGGAGGAUAUUCGGGUACGGCUACGACUUCGAGGGGUGGAUCGAGCGCAAGUGCGCCUCCUGCAUCGACGGGAGAGUGGAGCUACGCCCACCUCCGCCGCCGGUGGCUGUGCCGGCGGCGGGGCCUGGUGCGAAUGGAAGCGACGGCAGUGCGGCGGCGGCGCCGGCGUCAGUGGAGCGCGGCCGCAGAGGAAGCAGGCGGAGCGGGCGGCGACGACGGCGGCGGCGGCGGCGGCCGAGACCUGAGCGUGUUCUCGAACUGUGUGGGGAAUGGGGUCCUUCUUCCUUAUUCCCUUUUUUUUUUUAAAAAAAAAGUAUUUAUUUGCCUUUUCUUUGGUUUAUGUUCAGUCUUUUCGGAGUCUUUUUGUUCUCUAUUUUCCAUAUGGGUUGUGGUUACAUGGAGGCCAUGGCGUCACCAAUCAAAAAGUUCAGUUCCUCCAUGGUGAUGUUAUAACUCGAGAAGAGAUGGAAAGGAGUUGAGUCCUUUUGUUUCUCUCCUUCACUUCGUGUGUCUUGUGUUGUGUGCGUCUGUGAGUCUCCUGGUAAUCAUGCAGCAAGUUGUUAUGAAAAGAAAAGAAACAAAACUAAAAAGAUAAUUAUCCAGUAAACGCGUGACCUUUUCAAGUCUU